AUGACACUGUAUCAUUGGACGCAGUCCUUCAGUUCGCAGAAGGUGAGUGAUUCAGCACCAAUCCUUAACGGACAGCUCCUAAAGGGUAUCCGGUGGAUUGCGUGACUAGGCAAGGUAUAGCGACAUGCUAAUCAAAAUAACACUUAUCUGACAAUAUAAAUGAAGUUAUAGCAUCAUAUCGGCUUUUGCAGCUCGUAAGAUGUGUCCAAAAACGGACUGAAACCAGGCUGGCUACAACAAAUGGUUUGCUAUUUCUGCUUGAACAGGAAGCUGGAUAUAUUAGCCAACAUGCACAUGGCCUUGAUUACAGCUAAAUCCCAGUUCCAUAUCCAUAUGCGUUGAAUACAAGUCCACAGUCCCAUCAUAGUGAAUGCUUUAAAGUCCUACUCCAGGGUAGGCAUGAAUGUCCUUCUCCUUUAAGUAUGCUGUUUUGUCUAUAAAACCAUAUUUUGCUCAAAACAUAUUUUUUUAACCUUUAGUGUGCACUUUACUGUAUUUAUACUUGGGAUAUCACUUUUCAACAGGACAACAAUUAUCUGGAGGACACCUUUAAGUACCAGAUGCUGUAUUGUAGCUGUAUUGUAGGUGUAUUGUAUGUGUAGCUGUAUUGUAGGUGUAGCUGUAUUAUAUGUGUAGCUGUAUUGUAGCUGUAUUGUAGGUGUAGCUGUAGUGUAGGUGUAGCUGUAUUGUAGGUGUAGCUGUAUUGUAGCUGUAUUGUAGGUGUAGCAGUAUUGUAGGUAUAGCUGUAUUGUAGCUGUAUUGUAGGUGUAGCUGUAUUGUAGCUGUAUUGUAGGUGUAGCUGUAUUGUAGGUGUAGCUGUACUGUAGGUGUAGCUGUAUUGUAGGUGUAUGUUGUAGGUGUAGCUGUAUUGUAGGUGUAGCUGUAUUGUAGGUGUAACGUCUUGUACUGUAUGUGGUAGCUGUAUUUAGGUAGUUAUUGUAGUGUAGCUGUAUGUAUGUACGUAUGAGGUGUAGCUGUAUUGUAGGUGUAGCUGUAUUGUAGGCUGUAUUGUAGGUGUAUGUGGUUAGGUGGGUAGCUGUAUUGUAGGUGUAGCUGUAUUGUUGUAUUGUAGGUGUAGCUGUAUUGUAGGUGUAGCUGUAUUGUAGGUUAUUGUAGUGUAGCUGUAUGGUGUAGCUGUAUUGUAGGGCGUUUGUAGGGGAGCUGUAUUGUAGGUGUAUGAUUGUAGGUGUAGCUGUAUUGGUUAGGUGUAGCUGUAUGUAGGUGUAGCUGUAAGUGUAGCUGUAUUGUAGGUGUAGCUGUAUUGUAGGUGUAGCUGUAUUGUAGGUGUUGUAGCUGUUGUAUUGUAUUGAGGUGUAGCUGUAUUGUAGGUGUAGCUGUAUUGUGUAGGUGUAUUGUAGGUGUACUGUAUUGUAGGUGUGUAUAGCUGUAUGUAGGGUAGCUGUGUAUGUAGCUGUAUUGUAGUGUAUUUUAGGUGUAUUGUAGUGUAGCUGUAUUGUAGGUGUAGCUGUAUUGUAGGUGUAGCUGUAUUGUAGCUGUAUUGUAGGUGUAGCUGUAUUGUAGGUGUAGCUGUAUUGUAGGUGUAUUGUAAGUGUAGCUGUAUUGUAGGUGUAGCUGUAUUGUAGGUGUAGCUGUAUUGUAGUGUAGCUGUAUUGUAGGUAUGUAUUGUGUAUUGUAGGUGUAGCUGUAUUGUAGUGUAGUUUUAGGGUGUAAAUUUUAGUGUAGGUAGUGAUUGUAGGUGUAGCUGUAUGUAGUGUAGGUUGGUGUAGCUGUAUUGUAGCUGUAUUGUAGGUGUAGCUGUAUUGUUAGUGUAUUGUAGGUGUAGCUGUAUCUGUAGGUAUUAUUGUAGUGUAGCUGUAUUGUAGCUGUAUUGUAGGUGUAGCUGUAUUGUAGGUGUAGCUGUAUUGUAGGUGUAGCUGUAUUGUAGGGUAUUGUAGGUGUAGCUGUAUUGUAGGUGUAGCUGUACUGUAGGUGUAACUGUAUUGUAGGUGUAGCUGUAUUGUAGGUGUAGCUGUAGUGUAGGUGUAGCUGUAUUGUAGGUGUAGCUGUAUUGUAGCUGUAUUGUAGGUGUAGCUGUAUUGUAGGUGUAGCUGUAUUGUAGGUGUAGCUGUAUUGUAGGUGUAACUGUAUUGUAGGUGUAGCUGUAUUGUAGUGUAGCUUAUUGUAGGUGUAGCUGUAUUGUAGGUUUUAGCUGUAUUGUAGGUGUAGCUGUAGUGUAAGCUGUAUUGUAGGUGUAGCUGUAUGUAGGUGUAGCUGUAUUGGUAGGUGUACUGUAUUGUAGGUGUAGCUGUAUUGUAGGUGUAGUGUAGUGUACUGUAUUGUAGCUGUAUUGUAGGUGUAGCUGUAUUGUAGCUGUAGUGUAGUUGUAGCUGUAUUGUAGGUGUAGCUGUAUUGUAGGUGUAGCUGUAUUGUAGGUGUAACUGUAUUGUAGGUGUAGCUGUAUUGUAGGUGUAGCUGUAGUGUAGGUGUAGCUGUAAUUGUAGUGUAGUAUUGUAGCUGUAUUUGUACUGUAUUGUAGGUGUACGUUUAGUGUAGCUGUAUUGUAGGUGUAGCUGUAGUGUAGUGUAGUUGUAUUGUUAUGUGUGUAGUGUAGGUGUAGCUGUAUUGUAGGUGUAGCUGUAUUGUAGGUGUAGUGUAGGUGUAGCUGUAUUGUAUGUAGCUGUAUUGUAGGUGUAGCUGUAUUGUAGGUGUAGCUGUAUUGUAGCUGUAUUGUAGGUGUAGCUGUAUUGUAGUAGGUUGUAGCUGUAUUGUAGGUGUAGCUGUAUUGUAGGUGUUAGCUGUUAAGUGUAGCUGUAUUGUAGGUGUAGCUGGUGUAUUGUAGGUGUAGCUUUGUAGAGUGUAGGUGUAGCUGUAUUGUAGGUGUAGCUGUAUUGUAGUGUAUUGUAGGUGUAGCUGUAUUGUAGGUGUAGCUGUAUUGUAGGUGUAGCUGUAUUGUAGGUGUAUGUAGGUGUAGCUGUAUUGUAGGUGUAGCUGUAUGUGGUUAUUGUGUGUAUGUUGUAGGUGUAGCUGUAUUGUAGCUGUAUUGUAGGUGUAGCUGUAUUGUAGGUGUAGCUGUAUUGUAGCUGUAUUGUAGGUGUAGCUGUAUUGUAGGUGUAGCUGUAUUGUAGGUGCUGUACUGUAGGUGUAGCUGUAUUGUAGGUGUAGCUGUAUUGUAGGUGUAGCUGUAUUGUAGCUGUAUUGUAGGUGUAGCUGUAUUGUAGCUGUAGUGUAUUGAGGUGUAGCUGUAUUGUAGGUGUAGCUGUAUUGUAGGUGUAGCUGUAUUGUAGGUGUAGCUGUAUGUAGUGUAGCUGUAUUGUAGGUGUAGCUGUAUUGUAGGUGUAGCUGUAUUGUAGGUGUAUUGUAGGUGUAGCUGUAUUGUAGGUUUUGUAGGUGUAGCUGUAUUGUAGGUUUAGCUGUAUUGUAGGUGUAGCUGUAUUGUAGGUGUAGCUGUAUUGUAGGUGUAGCUGUAUUGUAGGUGUAGCUGUAUUGUAGGUGUAGCUGUAUUGUAGGUGUAGCUGUACUGUAGGUGUAGCUGUAUUGUAGGUGUAGCUGUAUUGUAGGUGUAUUGUAGGUGUAGCUGUGCUGUAGGUGUAGCUAUACUGUAGGUAUAGAUGUAUUGUAGGUGUAGAUGUAUUGUAGGUGUAGCUGUAUUGUUGUGCUGCACUGGAAGGGUCUGUAUUGUAGGGGGGUUUGGUCAUAGUAGAGAAGGGUCUGUCCUGUCCAGUAUGAAAAAUGUAUGCACUCACUAACUGUAAGUCACUCUGGAUAAGAGCGUCUGCUAAAUGACUAAAAUGUAAAUGUAAAUUGUAGGGGUGUCUGGUCAUAGUAUAGAAUUAUCUGUCUUGUAGGGAGGUCUGGGCAUAGUAGAGAAGGGUCUGUACUGUACAUGUUAACUAAUCCUGUACCUGUCCUGUCUAGGUGCGUCUGGCCAUAGCAGAGAAGGGACUGAUCUGUGAGGAGUAUGAUGUCAGUCUGCCUCUUAGUGAACACAACGAGCCCUGGUUCAUGAGACUGAACCCGGCAGGAGAGGUACCAGUCCUCGUACACCAUGACAACGUCAUCACAGACCCAGUUCAGAUCAUGGACUAUCUGGACCAGAACUUCAGAGAUGGCAAGUCACUGACUAACAUUAACCCCUGAUCCCUAGCCCUACUGAAGCCAGUAACUAGGAGACAGCUAUGGGGGCUGGGUAACCCAUAACAAAUCAGGGUCCCCCCUAAUACAUGUCAAGAACCCCCAAAUUGUCAAUGUAUAAUUUGAUCCCUGAUUGUACACAUUGAUUUUCAGUUUCAGUUUUGUUCCCCUUUUUUUUGCUUCCACUCUCAACAUCCCUGCUUCCACUCUCAACAUCCCUGCUUCCACUCUCAACAUCCCUGCCUCCACUCUCAGCAUCCCUGCUUCCACUCUCAACAUCCCUGCCUCCACUCUCAACAUCCCUGCUUCCACUCUCAACAUCCCUGCUUCCACUCUCAACAUCCCUGCCUCCACUCUCAACAUCCCUGCCUCCACUCUCAACAUCCCUGCUUCCACUCUCAACAUCCCUGCUUCCACUCUCAACAUCCCUGCUUCCACUCUCAACAUCCCUGCCUCCACUCUCAACAUCCCUGCUUCCACUAUCAACAUCCCUGCCUCCACUCUCAACAUCCCUGCCUCCACUCUCAACAUCCCUGCUUCCACUCUCAACAUCCCUGCCUCCACUCUCAACAUCCCUGCUUCCACUCUCAACAUCCCUGCCUCCACUCUCAACAUCCCUGCCUCCACUCUCAACAUCCCUGCCUCCACUCUCAACAUCCCUUCUUCCACUCUCAACGUCCCUGCUUCCACUCUCAACAUCCCUGCUUCCACUCUCAACAUCCCUGCCUCCACUCUCAACAUCCCUGCUUCCACUCUCAACAUCCCUGCUUCCACUCUCAACAUCCCUUCCUCCACUCUCAACAUCCCUGCUUCCACUCUCAACAUCCCUGCCUCCACUCUCAACAUCCCUGCUUCCACUCUCACAUCCCUGCUUCCACUCUCAACAUCCCCUGCCUCCACUCCAACAUCCCUGCCUCCACUCUCAACAUCCCUGCCUCCACUCUCAACAUCCCCUGCUUCCACCUCAACAUCCCUGCUUCCACUCUCAACUCCCUUCCUCCCACUCUCACCCGUCCCUGCUUCCACUCUCAACAUCCCUGCCUCCACUCUCAACAUUCCCUGCUUCCACUCUCAACAUCCCUGCUUCCACUCUCACAUCCCUGCCUCCACCUCUCAACAAUCCCUGCUUCCCUCACAUCCCUGCCUCCACUCUCAACAUCCCUGCUUCCACUCUCAACAUCCCUGCCUCCACUCUCAACAUCCCCUUCUUCCACUCUCAACAUCCCUGCUUCCACUCUCAACAUCCCUUCCCUCCACUCUCAACAUCCCUGCUUCCACUCUCAACAUCCCUUCCUCCACUCCAAACAUCCCUGCUUCCACUCUCAACAUCCCUGCCUCCACUCUCAACAUCCCUGCUUCCACUCUCAACAUCCCUGCUUCCACUCUCAACAUCCCUGCCUCCACUCUCAACAUCCCUGCCUGUACUCUCAACAUCCCUGCCUGUACUCUCAACAUCCCUGCCUCCACUCUCAACAUCCCUGCCUCCACUCUCAACAUCCCUGCCUCCACUCUCAACAUCCCUGCUUCCACUCUCAACAUCCCUGCCUGUACUCUCAACAGUGUUUUAACCAGCAGUUUGCAAACUGUUCAUUUGGAUAUUUUUUUACUAUUAUUAUUAUUAUUAUUAUUAUUAUUAUUAUUAUUAUUAUUAUUAUUAUUAUUAUUAUUAUUAUUAUAUUAUUAUAGUAAUAACAAUAAUAAUAAUAAUUAUCAUUAUUAUUGUUAUAUUAUUAUUAUUAUUAUUAUUAUAUUAUUAUUAUUGUUAUUAUUAUUAUUAUUAUUAUUAUUAUUGUUAUUGUUAUAUUAUUAUUAUUAUUAUUAUUAUAUUAUUGUUAUUAUUAUUCUUAUUAUUAUUAUUAUUGUUAUUAUUAUUAUUAUUAUUAUUGUAUUAUUAUUAUUAUUAUAUUAUUAUUGUUGUUAUUAUUAUCCUCUCUUUGCUCAUUUUGUUCAUUCAUUAUUAUCAGUUUCAUUGUGUUGGUUUAAAUGGAUCCAUAUCUUGUUAUUCAGCAUGCCUAGUCUACUGCAGAUAAGGAGAAAGAGGAGAUAUUCUGGUAAGCAUACGGAGAGGAGUGGAGUGGUUUUAUAGAUUUAUUUGAAAAAUAUCUCUCAAAUACAAGCACAUAUAUAAUUGUAUUUGAGAAAACUUUUCAAAUAAAUCAAUUUGCUUUAUUUAUUUAACUUGCCCAUGCCUAAUGACAAUACCUUUUGCAGGUUCACACUUUAAAUGAAUUGUCUGUCGCUAUAUUCAGACAAAACAGAAUGAUAACCUUUAUUAGAAUGAUCUAUCUCAGUGUUUCCCAAACCUCUCCUCCAGGAGCCUCAGCCAGGCCACUUCAUUAAUGUAUUCCAGAACUAACACAACUGGUCACCUAAUCAUCAAGCCCUUCAUUAGUUGAAUCUGCAUUGCUGCUCCUGGAAUACAUCAACUAACCGUGCCGGCUGUGGGUACUGGAGGAGAGGUUUGGGUAAUGCUGCUCCAUUGUAAUGAUCUUGUUCAUUAACCAUGUGUUUCUCCGUCCUUUGUCUCUGUGUGUGUCUGUAGAGGGAACCGCUAAGCUGAUCCCUGAGGAAGGCAGUGUGUACUACCACAGAGUACAGCACUACAGAGAGCUACUGGAUUCUCUGCAGAUGGAUGCCUACACACACGGCUGUAUUCUCCACCCAGAGAUCACUGUGGACUCACACAUCCCAGCCUACGCCACCACCCGCAUCCGAGGUAAGACACGCACACACACACACACACACACGCACACACGCACGCACGCACGCACGCACGCACGCACGCACGCACGCACGCACGCACGCACGCACCACGCACACACACACCACACACACACACACUCCACGCACGCACUCACCGCACGCACACACACACAUACACACACCCACACACACACACACACACACACACACCACACCAAGUAUUUUAGGUGUAAACUGUUUGUAAAGGUUUUUAGCUGUAUUGGGAGGUUUUAUUGUAGGUGGGAGCUGUAAAUUGGGGUGUAGGAGGGGUGCUGUAUUGUAGGUGUAGCUGUAUUGUAGGUGGAGGGUUUUAAUGAGGUGGAGCUUAUUGUAGGGGUAGCUGAUUGUAGGUGUUUGUGGGUAGCUGUGGCUGCAGGUGUAGCUAUACUGUAGGUUUUUUAUUGUAGGUGUAGCGUAAAUUUUUUUGGUGCUUCACGGAAGGGUCUGUAUUGUAGGGGGUUUGGUCAUAGUAGGAAGGGUUUUGUACUGUCCAGGAUGAAAAAGGGGGCACUCCUAACGUAAGGCACUUGGGGUAAGAGCUUCUGCUAAAUGAAAUAAAAAGUAAAUGUAAAAUUGUAGGGGGGUCUGGUCUAGUAUAAAAUUUCUUUCCCUUUUAGGGGGGUCCCGGGGAUAGUAGAGAAGGGUCUGUUGUAAAAAGUUUUCUAAACCUGUACCUGUCCUGUUAGGUGCGUCUGGCCAUACAGAGAAGGGAUAAGCAGCGCAUGUAAACUGACUAUGCUGUACCUGUCCCCGUCUAGGUGCGUCUGGCCCUAAACAGAGAAGGAAAUGAUCUGUUUAGGGGUAAAGAUUCAGUUGCCUUUUUAGUGAACACAAAGAAACCCGGGUUUAUGAGACUGAACCCGGGAAAGGGGAGGUCCCCUUUCCCCGACACCAUGACCAAAGUCAUCACCCGAAACCCCCCUUUUUAAACAGGGGGCUAUCGGGGGCCCGAACUUAAAAGAUGGCCAAAGUCACUGACCCAAAAUUAACCCCGGGCCCCUAGCCCUACCCGAAGCCAGAAAGGAGACAGUAGGGGGGCGGGGGAAACCUAACAAAACAGGGGGCCCCCCCAAACAAAGUCCCGAACCCCCAAAAUUUUCAAUGUAUAAUUUAUCCCGGGUUUUCACUUGAUUUUUAAAUUUUUUUUUCCCCUUUUUUUUCUUUCCCUCUCAAAAUCCCUGCCUCCAAAUUAAAAAUCCCCGCCAUCCAAAUCUCAAAAAUUUCCCCCCCUCCACUCUAAAAAAAACCCCCCUCCACUCUCAAAAUCCCUUCCCCCCACUCUCAACAUCCCUCCUCCACUCUCAAAAUCCCUUCCUCCACUUCAAAAAUCCCUGCCCUUUUUUCCCCCCUCCCCAUUCCUUUCCCCCCCCUUAACAUCCCUUUCCUCCACUCUUUAAAUUUCCCCCCUUUCCCCUCUUUAACCUCCCGCUCCCCUCCCCAAAUCCCUUCCCCCCACUCUCCCCAUCCCGGUUCCCUCUCAAAAACCCUGCUUCCCCCUCUCAACCCUCCCUGCCUCCCCUCUCAACACCCCGCUUUCCCCUCUCACAUCCCGCCUCCCACUCUUUUAACAUCCUGCUUCCCCUCUCAAACCAUGCCUCCACUCCCAACCUCCCUGCCCCCCACCCCUCAAAAAUCCCGCCUCCACUCUCACCCUCCCCGUUCCACUUUAAAAAUCCCUGCUUCCCUCUCAACAUCCCGCCCCCAAUCUCAACAUCCUGCCUUCCCCUUCAACAUCCCUGCCUCCAUCUCCCAAAAUCCCUUUCCUCCCUUUCAAAAUCCCUGCCCCCACUCUCAACAAAACCCCGCCUAAAUCCCCAACAUCCCCGCCCCACUUUUCAACAUCCCUGCCUCCACUUUUAAAUCCCUGCUUCCCUCUUUAACCUCCCCCCUCCCCUUUCCCAAAAUCCCUGCCUCCAAACUCAACAUCCCUUUCCCCCAAUCUCAACAAACCCUGCCUCCACUCUCAACAUCCUGCUUUAAAUCUCCCCCACCCUGCCUCCACCUCCAUCCCCCCUCCAUCUCAAUUUCCCCCCCCUCCCCUCUCCCAAAACCCUUCCUCCCCCUCUCAACAUCCCCGCUUCCACUCUCAACAUCCCUGCUUCCACUCUUUACAUCCCGGGCCCCCACUUCAACAUCCCUGCCCCCAUUCUCAAAAAUCCCUGCCUCCCCUCUUUAACAUCCCUGCCCUUUCCCCUCUCAAAAUCCCUGCCUCCACUUCCCCCAUCCCCGCCUCCCCUCCCCCAAAUCCCGGGUUCCCCCUCUCAACAAACCCCCCUCCACUCCCAAAAAUCCCCGCCCCCCCACUCCCAACAAACCCUGCCCUUUCCCCUCUCAACCCUCCCGCUUCCACUCCUCCCCUUCCCUCUUCCCUCCCUGCCCCCCCAAUCUUUAACAUUUCCCCGCCUUUCCCCCUCUCCCGCUUUUAAACACCCUGCCCCCACUCUCCAAAAUCCCUGCCCCCACUCUCAACCCUCCCGCCCCUUCCUUCCCCCACGCCCAACAAACCCGGGCCCCCACUCUCAACCUCCCUCCUUUCCCCCCCCAAAAUCCUUGCCUUUCCAAAUUCCCCAACAACCCUGCCUCCACUCCCAACAAACCCUGCCCCCCACUCUCAACUCCCUGCCUCCACUCUCAAAACCCCUCCCCAAAACCCGCCUUUUCCCCUCUCAAAAUCCCUUCCUCCACUCCCAAAAUCCCCGCCUUUCCCCUUCAAAAAUCCCUGCCUUUCCCCUCCAACAUCCCCCCCCUGUCCACUCUCAAAAAAACCCCGCUUCCCCCUCAAAUCCCUUUCCUUCCCCCUCUCAAAAUCCCUGCUUUUCCCCUCUCAAAAUUUUGCCCAAUUUUUCAACAAACCCCCCCCUUCCCCUCCAACAUCCCCGCUUUCCCCUCCAAACCCCUCCCUGCUUCCCCUUCAAUCCCUGCUUUUCCCCUCUCAAAAUCCCCGGUUUUCCCCCUCAAAAAUCCCUGCCCCACUCUCAACCCUCCCGGGCCCCCUCUCAACACCCCGCUUCCCCUCUCAAAUCCCUUUCUUUCCCCUCUCAAAAAUCCCCCGGUUCACUCUCAACAUCCCUGCCUUUCCCCUCCAACAUCCCCCCUUUCCUCCACUCCAACAUCCCCCCUUCCAACCCAACAUUGUUUCUACACCCGCUUUCCCAAAUGGCCCCCUUUAAAAAGGAUUCCCCCCCUGUUAUUAAAGUUUUUUAAAUUUUGUUUUUAUUUAUCUUUUGUUAUUUUUCAUUUUAUUAAUUUGGUUUUUUUUUUUGUUUGGGUUUUAAAUCCCUUUUUUUGUUUGGGUUUUUUUAAAAAGAUCCUACUUUUUUCAGAUUUUUCGGAGAAAAGGGGGAAAAAAUUAUUUUGGGAAGCUACGGAGGGAAUGGGGGGUUUUUUUUAUUUAUUUUAAAAAAAUCUCCAAAUACAAGCAAAUACGUUGGGGGGAAAAAAAUAUUUUGAACCACCAAUUGUGCAAUUUUCUCCCACUUAAAAAAAUUGGAGGCCUGGAAAUUCAUCAUAGGUAACGUUUAACAGGGCAGACAAAAUUUAGAAAAAAAAAAACCCGAAAAAAACACAUUGUAGGUUUUUCAUGAAUUUAUUUGCAAAAUUUUGGGAAAAUAAAUAUUUGGUCACCCACAAACAAACAAGAUUUUGGUCUCCAGACCCGGAACUUCUCUUUUAAAAGGCUCCCCGGGCCCCACUCAACCUGUAAAUUAAAAUUUGGGCACUGUGUGAACUUUUUAUCAGUAUAAAAGCCCUUUUCCCCCCAACCUCAAACAGCACCCCCUCCCCCAAAAUCAAAAGGGGCCCAAAACCAAAGAGUGUCAACCCCACCCCCAAAACAAAAGGUAGAAACUGCACCCCGGCUUGGAAAGGGCUGAAUCUUUCAAACAGGUUAAGGGUUUUGGGUUUGGGGGAAAUCAACCCGUGGGGGCAAUUAUUUUUUGUAAAUGGAAGACAUACAAGACCACAGUAAUCCCCCCCCGGGGCUGGGGCUCAACGCGAUUAAACUCCCCCCCCCGUGGGGUCAAAAAGAUCACAAGAACGGGAGCAAAAAAACCCCCGAAAAACCCCAAGGGGGGGGCCUAGGAAUGAACCCGCGAGAGCUGGGAAAAGGGAAAAAGCCUCAACCAAAUUUAGGGGGAACACACUAACCCGGGCCCGGGCCCGGGGGCUCAAAUCCGCAGUUUCCAGAAUUUUCCCCUGCUUAAGGGGGCCGGGGACAGUCCAGGGCCCCCUCUGAAGUUUGCUAAAUGCAUUUGGAUGAUCCAGAAAAUUGGGAAAGUCAUUUUUUUUUGGUUCAGGGUUUUUUUGGGGGUUUUUUUUUUUUUUGGUGAAAAUUUUUUUUUUCCGUUUUUUUUUUGUUUUUUUGGAGGGGAAAAAAAUGCUAUUGCCUCCCAAAGAACAACCAAAUUUAAGCUUUUGGGGGGGAAAAUCAAUGGGGUUUGGGGGUGUUUUUUUCGCAAAAGUGACCCGGAAAAAACUGAAACCCGUGUAAAGGAAAGGGGGGGGAAAAAUGUGGGGGCCUUUUUCCGGUGAGAUUUUGAGGGUGACAAAACCUUUUUAAAAUCGCAAGGGCCCUUUUGGGGGAAGGAAAAUUUUAAACCGGGGGGGCUGGGUCUUUCAGAUGACAAAGACCCAAAAAACACCGCCCGGGCAAAGAAGGAGGGGUUCGUAAGAACCCUUUCAAGGUCCGGAGUGGCCUAGCCAUCUCCCGAUUCCCCCAAACCCCCCCUAGAAAAUCUUUGGAAAGGGGGUUGAAAGUCCUUUUUCCCACGCGCCCCAAAAAAUCAUUUCUUGAGGAGUCUGCAUGGGGGAAUGGGCCCCAAAAAAACCACAAAAUUUUGUGAAAAAACCCUUUUGAAGGCUUCAAAAAUUUUUGACCUGUGUUUAUUUCCCAAAAACCCGGGUAAAAAAACAAAGGUAUUUAGAAAAAAUUUUGGUUAUUUAAACCCAAAACUUAUGUUUCCCCCAUAAUUUUGCAAAUAAAUUCAUGAAAAAUCCCAAAUGUUGAUUUUUCUCGGAUUUUUUUUCUAAUUUUUGUCUGUCCCCCUAGGGGACCGUGUACCUUUUUGAUGGAAAUUACAAAGGGCCCCUCUGGCCCUCUUUUUAAGUGGGUAAACUUGCAAAAAUUUUGUGGCUGACCAAUUUUUUUUUUUCCCCCAUUGGUAUUUUGUAAUUUUGGGAAAACCCCUUUUCAAAUUAAAUCCUUUGCCCUUUUUUUAUUUAACUUGCCCUGCCUAAUGACAAUUAAAAAAUUUUUCAGGUUUCACACUUUAAAGAAUUGGUUGGCGCUAUAUUUAGACCAAAAAAGAAUUAAACCUUUUUUAGAAUUAUCUUUUCUCCGGGGUUUCCCAAAAAACCCCCCUCCAAUUGCCCCCCCAAGGCCGGCCCUUCAAUUUAAGUAAAUUUCCCGAACUAAAACAACUGGUCACCAAUCAUCAAAACCCUAUUAGUUUAAAUCUGCAUUUCUGCCCCCUGGGAAAAAUCCCAAAUAACCGUGCCGGCUUUUGGGGUUUUCGUAAAGGGGGGUUUUGGGGAAUUUCCCCCCCUUAAAUUUUAAUAUCUUGUUUAAUUAACCCAAUUUUUGUUUUCUCCCCUUCUUUUCCGUUUUGUGUUUUUAGAGGGAAAACCCCUUAACCGAUUUCCCCGGGAAAGGGAUUGGGGUACACCCCCAGGUCCGCAUCAGAGAGCUACCCCGGAUUCUUGCAGAUGGAUGCCCAACCAAGGGUUGGGGAUUUUCCACCCAGAGAUCCUUUUGGACUCACACCCCCCCCGCCUACGCCACCCCCCCCGCAUCCGAGGGAAGGAAACGCAAAAAAACCAAAAAACCGAAAACCCCGAAAAAACGCCCCCAAACUCCCCACCCACGCCCGCAACGCAACCCCAACCAAAGCCCCACCAAGAACCCCCAAAAACACACACACCAAAACGCACCCCACCAAAGAAACCCCAAAAAAACACCCUACACAAACAAACACACACACACCCCCACACCCACACACACGCACGCAACCCCCACCCACACCCCAAAACAUACACACACACGCACGCCCCCCAACCACACCCAAAAAAACAAAAAAACCACAAACACACACAAACACACACACACCAAAAUUCCCCUUUUGGGAUAUUGGGGGGUUUUUUUUUAAAUGUGGUUUGUAUUUGUGUUGACAGCACAGAUAGGGAAAAACAGAGGGCAAAAUGAAGAAGCGUGGGCUGAGGAAAAACCAGAGCUUAAUAAGAUGCUUACAUAGCAAAACAAAGGUGUCGGUGUUAAGGACGGGCAUUUUUCUGCUUAGGGCGGACGAGGAGGGAGGUAGGAGAAGGAGGAUGAGAAGUAAGACGACGGAGGAGGGAAAAGGAGUACGGCGGCGGAGAGAAAAGGAGGAGGAGGAGAAGAAGAGAAGAAGAAGAAGCGUAGGCGGAGACGGAGAAGGAGAAGAAGAAUGCUGAGAAGAAUAAGGAGAAGAAGAAGGAGGAUGAGACGAAGCGACGCAGAAGGAGGCGGGAGAAGGAGAAGGCGAAGAAGAAGGAGGCGUCGCAAAGAAGAAGACGACGGGGAGAAGGCGCCUAACUUCAGAGGAUGUCUGCAGCCGCAGAAGAAGGGAUCCAUUAAGCCGGACGUCUUAGUCUUAUUUUCUUCUUAGUCUUCUUCUUAGUCUUCUUCGUCUGAUUAUUCUUCUUACUUCUUCUUCUCUUCUUGGCCUUCGUCUCCUCUCCACCAGAGGAGGGCAGUAGUCAGUCUUGGCUGUGUGGAGAGUUCUUCAGCAUGGCCGACCGUCUCCUGGAGUCACCUGGGGCCUCCCGCCGUUACUGGGGCAACGGGAACCGCAGCUCUUUUAGUAGACCUUUGAAACUGGAAACGUGUGCUAAACCAUCUCUGAUGAUGUAUUGAAAGCCUUACAGCCCCAGUUCCCUCCUUUUGUAGCACAAGCUGUUUGACCAUGACAACAUGAAGUAUCUGAAGAAGAUUCUGGAUGAGUUGGAGAAGGUUCUGGACCAGGUGGAGACAGAGCUACAGAGGAGGGCAGAGGAGACACCGGGUAGGUAUCCCACUGGAGAAGGUUCUGGACCAGGUGGAGACAGAGCUACAGAGGAGAGCAGAGGAGACACCAGGUAGGUAUCCCACUGGAGAAGGUUCUGGACCAGGUGGAGACAGAGAUACAGAGGAGACACCAGGUAGGUAUCCCACUAGAGAAGGUUCUGGACCAGGUGGAGACAUAG